AUGUCAGGAGGACCAGUACCAGUGUGGAAAAAAUACACCAGUAGGCCAACCGGAAUAUGGGAGAAAUUGAGGGAACUUUUAGUAUUGGCUCCCAAUAGAUCAUCAGGAAAUAUGUUUGUUCCAUUAUACAGAAACCCACCACCAGGUUCAAGAAUAGCCGAAGCCAAGGCUUACGAAGACCCAAUAACAAUCCCAGCUGGUGAUAUAAAGGGAAACCCAUACUUUAAGCGAGAUUUCAGAAGAAAUUAUCCUCAAGUGCAUGGAUUCAACCAAACUAAAUUAUCGGGGUUAUUGCAAUUGGGCAAUAGUGAACACCCUAGAAUAUCAGUUGGUGAGAAAGGAACUAAAGAGUUGAGCACAUUUGAAGGUGGGAAUAUCGUUAGUUUAACUUCGACUUUGAGUAAAUUACCCGAAAACGUAAUCAAGGGAGAAAUCUUGGGUAAACAAGGUGAACCCAUUGUGGCUCCAAGUUUGAAUAAAUUCAAAUGGGAAAUAUUACCAGAGAGUGUUCAUGGAAUGUAUACUGAUGAAUAUCCAUGUCGUAUAUUUACUGAUACAAAGGUUAAAACUGUAUCAUCAUCGUCAUCAGCUUGA